AUGGCUAGUAAUAGUCGUCCUAGUCUUGAUGUUCUUGUACCUUUAGUAAUGAUAGAAAAUAAUAUAGUAAAUGAGAACAACGAUAAUUUAUCAUCUGAACCACAAAAAGAAGUACUUCGUUAUUUUGAAUCGGGUGAUAUUGUUCUCAUUCGAUUGGAAUCACAAUGUUUACCUGCUAUUGUCUUUAAUAUUAAUGGUCUUGUUAUGAAAUUUGAUAUUGAUCGACAAUUGUAUCAUGUUUGUUUAUUGGAUAAAGAAUUUACAGAGCAAUGGAUUGAUUCAACUGAUAUGAUUAUCUAUUCAGUACCAAUGAUAGCAGAAUGUGAAGAUGAACAAAUAAUGUUCAUGUGGUCGACAGCUAAUGAACUUCUUGAAAUUUCGAAUACGAUUGAAGAUAAAAUUCGAUUAGAAGAAUUUAAAAGACGUUUUAGUGAAGUUAAAUGUCAACGAAUAUCAAAUUCAUCGAUGAAUAUUUCAAGAAAAAGUAGAAGAAGUCGUCAUUCAAAUCAAAAAACAAUUUCACAACAGAUGAUUUCUUUUCCAUUAACUACUUGUGAAAAAUUACAUAUUAUUGAUUCUAUUUAUCAAUUACCACAAUGUACAUUCGUUAAUGCAAGUCGUACUGCCGAAGAUACAUAUAUCAAAAUUAUUUGUAUAAAUAAUCGUGAAAAUAUUCAAUCAUGUUCCACGGGUAUUAUUCCUGAUCAAUGGUUUUUUACAUUUGUUAGUGAACAUAUGAGUUAUUUUCAACAGUACUCAAUUAAUUGGUUACCAGAACUCGAAGCAAUGAUAGAUAAUAUGGAGAAUCAAAAUGAUUUAUAUUCGUUAAUUUCACUGAUGAAGGAAUCGAUUUGA